AUGGUAAAUAGGGUUAGUGCUGCCUUGUUCGCAAUAAUCUAUAAGAAGAAUCUUAGGCUUUCAAGCCAAUCAAAGCAGGGCCACACCAGUGGGGAGAACAUUAAUUUGAUGACUGUUGAUGUUGAGAGAAUUGGUUUUUUCAGUUGGUACUUGCACGAUAUAUGGAAGGUUCCUGUUCAAGUUUUUUUAGCUUUGUAUAUCUUAUACACGAGGCUUGGACUCGCUUCACUAGUAGCAUUGGUUGCCAUAAUGAUUUUGAUGUUGGCAAAUUCUCCAUUGGUAAAACUCCAGGAGAAAAUUCAGGGGGAAUUAAUGGAUUCAAAGGAUCGAAGGAUGAAUGUAACAUCUGAGGCUCUGAGGAACAUGAGGAUUCUCAAGCUCCAAGGAUGGGAGAUGAAAUUCUUGGCUAAGAUAAUUGAGCUUAGGAAAUUUGAGACUAAAUGGUUGAAGAAGUUACUUUAUACAUCAGCUAUGACUUCCUUUGUCUACUCGUCCACUCCCUUGUUUGUAUCCGUAGUUACUUUUGGAUCUUGUGUGCUUAUGGGAAUUCAGUUGGACUCAGGGAAGAUUUUAUCUGCACUUGCAACAUUUCAAAUGUUGCAAGUGCCCAUUUAUAAUCUCCCAGACACAAUAUCUAUGGUACUUCAGAUUAAAAUCUCACUUGAUAGGAUAAUCUCAUUUCUUUGUCUUGGUGACCUUGAUCAAAAUAUAGUACAAAAGCUUCCAAGAGAUGAUACUGAAGUUGCAAUUGAGAUAGUCAAGGGAAACUUCUCUUGGGAACUUCAUUCCCCUAAUCUUACAUUAAAAGAUAUUAAUUUUCAAGUGAAACAUGGUAUGAAAGUGGUUGUUUGUGGUUCUGUUGGGUCAGGCAAGUCAAGUCUGCUUUCAUGCAUACUGGGGGAAGUGCCAAAGGUAUCUGGAACUAUUAAGUUAAAAGGGAAAAAAGCCUAUGUUGCCCAAUCAUCUUGGAUACAAAGUGGCAAGAUAGUAGACAAUAUAUUAUUUGGUAAGGAGAUGGAUAAGGAAAGGUACGAGAUGAUCCUUGAAGCAUGUUCAUUGAAAAAAGACCUAGAAUUGUUUGACUUUGGGGACCAAACUAUCAUAGGGGAGAGAGGGAUUAACCUGAGUGGUGGACAGAAACAAAGAAUACAAAUUGCGCGUGCUUUGUACCAUGAUGCUGAUAUUUAUCUACUUGAUGAUCCUUUUAGUGCUGUGGAUGCUCACACUGGAACUCAUCUAUUUAAGGAGUGUUUGCUCAAAAUGUUGGGUUCCAAAACAGUAAUUUAUGUUACACACCAAGUAGAGUUUUUUCCUUUUGCUGAUCUUAUCCUGGUGAUGAGAGAUGGAAAGAUUAUUCAAGCAGGAAAAUACGAAGAAAUUCUUAGUUCAGGAACUGCUUUUAUGGAGUUAGUGGGUGCACAUAAGAAAGCCUUAGCUAAAAUUAAUCAUGUCAAACAUGGGGCUACUUUGGAUAAUUUAAUUAAUGACGAAGAAGAUAAUAAUUUGUUGCUUAGUGAAAAAUCUAUUCAAGAUGAUGAUGAGGUAAGGGAGUCCAAAAACUAUAAAACGGAAAAAUUGAUUGAGUUAAAAGGCCAGCUUGUCCAAGAAGAAAAGAGAGAAAAUGGUGGAGUUAAUCCUUCAGUCUACUGGAAGUAUGUUACAGCUGUGUAUAAAGGAGCUUUUGUACCAUUGAUACUUUUGGCACAAAUUCUUUUUGAGCUUCUCCUAAUAGGCAGUAGUUACUGGAUGGUGUUGUAUAAUCCUGUUUCAAAGGAUGAAAGACCUAAUGUUAGAGGAUCCACUCUCAUCUAUAUCUAUAUUGGUUUAACCCUUGGGAGCUCUUUUUGUACAUUUAUAAGGUCCAUGCUCACAGCAACUAUUGGAUACAAGACAUCGACUCUGCUCUUCAACAAAAUGCAUUUGUGCAUUUUCCGUGCUCCCUUAUCAUUUUUUGAUUCUACCCCGAGCGGAAGGAUUCUAAAUCGGGUAACCACAGAUCAAAGUGCAGUUGAUACAUCUGUUCCACGUCAAUUUGAAGAACUUCUUAUUUCAAUCAUAGAAUUCCUGGGAACUAUUGCAGUAAUGUCACAAGUUGCAUGGAAAAUGUUGAUAUUUUUUAUUCCAAUGAUCGUUGCAUGCAUUUGGUACCAG